GCUGUCAUUUCUGAAAAAUAUGGCCUUUCUUCUUUGUCUGGGUAGGCUAUAGCACUUGUGCUUGUGGCGCUGGGCGAGCACUAGAAAUGUAAAGCAAAUUAUCUUAUCAGUUAUGGCGCUGAAGUUGGCAAUCCGGUUCCCUUUCCUGGCGCCAGACCCAAACCCCAAUUCCUCCCUACUCCAACAGCAUCGGCCGUCCACGGAAGUUCGGUUCUCUCGGUGGAACAACGCCAACGCCGAGAAAUUUAACAUUCGCCGACGGAGACAGCAGCAAAUCGAAGAUGACAUCCGCCGCGAGCGUCGCUUCAACUCUGCUAACAAGAUUGCCAAUAUGGAUGACGAUUCUUCUCCUACUUCCUCCACUGUUGAAACAUUUCGAUCAAUUGGUACCCCCUCGGCUCCUUCCAGACCAUCAAUCCCUGGGAAAAAAUCCAAGUACUCCAAGCCCCCAAAACCCAGUGUUGAAUCCCACCCAGCAUUUCGGUUUUCCAAUAUACCUAAUCCCAGAGACACUCCAGUUGUGAGCACGCCUCCUAAUGUUAAAGUGGCAGAUGAUGGAGUCUCCUAUGUGAUUGACGGCGCCCCGUUUGAAUUCAAGUACAGUUACACCGAGACCCCAAAAAUGAAGCCCAUAAAGAUGCGGGAACCGCCGUUUGUUCCUUUCGGUCCGACCACCAUGCCGCGCCCGUGGACCGGUCGAGCCCCAUUGCCCCCAAGCAAGAAGAAGCUGAAGGAAUUCGAUUCGUUCGUGCUGCCGCCUCCGCAUAAGAAGGGGGUCAAGCCGGUUCAGAAGCCCGGUCCUUUUUUGCCCGGGACGGGCCCUAGGUACGUGCAGUCGAGGGAAGAGAUACUGGGUGAGCCAUUGACGCAAGAGGAGAUCGAUGACUUGAUUAAAGGGUGCAGGAAAACAAGCAGACAGCUGAAUAUUGGUAGAGAUGGUUUGACACACAACAUGUUGGACAACAUACAUGCUCACUGGAAGCGGCGGAGGGUGUGCAAGAUAAAGUGCAAAGGUGUUUGCACCGUUGACAUGAAUAAUGUGUGCCAGCAGUUAGAGGAAAGGACAGGAGGGGAAAUUAUUUACAGAAAGGGUGGUGUUGUAUACCUCUUCCGGGGCAGAAAUUACAAUUACAAAACACGACCUCAGUUCCCUCUCAUGCUGUGGAAACCUAUCCCUCCAGUAUAUCCGAGGUUAGUUCAACGAGUUCCAGAAGGUCUAACUCUUGAAGAAGCAACUGAAAUGCGAAAGAGGGGAAGAAAACUUAUUCCCAUACGGCAGCUAGCAAAAAAUGGUGUUUAUUGUGACCUUGUAAGAAAUGUCAGGGAAGCAUUUGAAGAGUGUGAACUAGUUCGUAUUAAUUGUCAGGGACUGAAUCCAAGUGACUACAGAAGAAUUGGAGCAAAGCUCAGGGAUCUUGUUCCAUGUGUACUGCUAUCAUUUGAGAAUGAACACAUACUUAUGUGGAGAGGACGAAAUUGGGUUUCUGCUUUACCACGUCCCAAUGGUGACAGCAAGGAAGCUAAUAAAAGUGGUGCUGACAUUAAAAACACUGAUACAUUGCCCCCAGAUGCUCAAGAAGAACGUGCAAGACAUGAAGUUCAUGACACCAGCAUUUUCGAGAGUUCAGGAGACUUAGUCACAGAAGACAGGAACAUUUAUGGGUCUUCAUUAACUGAUGCAACUUCACUUGUUAAGAGAACCGAUGAAGUUGAAGUCAAAACGGAGUUCCCAGGCUACUGUGGUGGGACGACCUCAUCAGAUUAUGACAGCUGCACUGAAGGUGAUGAGGAAGUUAUCAUUGAUGAUGAUGAAACUAAGGCCAUAGUGAAUGGUAGAGAAUGCGGUGACAAUCUUUCUGCUUCAAUUUUGGCAUCAGAUACCGUGAUAGGAACUAGUAAUAAUUCUAGUAAGGCCAAGGUAGAUCCUGCGCCAUGUACAAAAGACAUUUUAUUACUGUUGGAGCAAGCUGUUGAGGGAGGCAGUGCACUUAUUUUAGAUGAUGAAUCUCUGGAUGCUGAUGUCGUUUAUCGAAGGUCAGUUGCGUUUGCCAAUUCAGCUCCUCCUGGACCGGAAUUCAGGCUUCAUCAUAGAAAAGCUGUGGUUCAGAAAAUUGAUACUGACACUGACGAGCAAGAAACCAAGGCUUCAGAUACAAAAAAAGUGAUUGGUUUCUCGAUGGAAGGGAGGGAGAAGAGUGUUAAGAUUCCAAGAAAAGUAGAUUUUGAUGGACAGUGUUUGAAUGUUGUACCACAAGGAACAUUAGGUGUCGAUGAACUCGCGAAGCUUUUAACAUGAUACUAUAGAGAUGUUUAUUGUA